AUGUCAGGUAAUGAUGAAAAUGAUGCAAGUAUUCAAAAUGACUUGAGUAAAUUUAAUUUGACUUUUUAUGAAAGUAGUAUUGAACUUUGGAGAAUUGAAGAAAUGUGUCGUUUAAAAGUAAAAAGUAUUGAAGAAAUCAAACAUGCUGCUGAACAAGUUACUUUGGAAAAUGAAUGGGUUGAAAAACAAUUGCAUGAUACUAAAUCAAGAUUAGAUGAAGUUAGAGAAAAUAUAGUGAGUUUUGAUAACAUUAUUUUCUCUCUUAAUGAAACAUUAGCUCAUCUAGAAAUCCAAUAUAAAAAGAAAGAAUUUGCUUUAAAUAAAUCAAAAUGUGAACAUGAAUUACAGCUGUUUAUAAAAAUGGAGUUGUGGCAAAAAGAGGAGGAACGACUAAAUAAUAUACCUGAAGUUAAAUUAUUAAAAAUUGCUGACUCAGAACUGAAAAACACACAAUUAGAAUAUGAAGAGUUAUUGAUAAAUCUACAAGAUUUAGUUGAAAAGAUUAACAUAGCUACACGUGAAAAUGAUGAAAAACGGAACCAUAUCAUUGUAGAAUAUGCCAAUGUUUAUAUUGAAAUGCUAUCUUUAAAUAAGAGAGAAGAAAACUGCAAGACUCUUUUAAGAAAAUUGAAUGCAGAGUAUAAUGAGAAAUGUUGUAUGAAAAAUGUACUUCUUGAAUCCCAAAAUAAGAGAGUUAAUAAAUUAUUAUUUUGGUCACAUACUCCUAGCACAUUUGACUCCAACAUUUUCAAUAUGAAACUUAAUUCAUUGAGUCAAGAUCACCUAACACCUAAUUUAACAUAUUCCAGUAAUUAUAAUCAUGAUAAUUUUACUUAUGAUAAAGAUGAUGUAAAUAUUCAGAAUUCAAAAUUAAAUAAACCGAAAAAAAAUGUAACUUUUUUAUUAUCUUCUGACGAUAAAAUAUCCCUGGAAACAAAUGAUGAGGAUGUCAAUAUUUGCAAAAAUUUAGAUGUACUUACAGAAGAAAUCAAUGAAAAUAUAAAUAACAACUUUUCACAAUUAGAAAAUAUUUUGGAAGAUAGUACUAUUCAAUUUCCAAAAAAAGAAUCAAAAGAAAUACAUUUUGAGAAUAAAGAUAAACAUAUGGAUCAUGAUGGUGAUCUAAAUUCCUAUACUAAUAUAUCUAAAACUACUGAUGUACUUUCGGAUAUUAAAUUUAAAAAACCAUAUAAUUCAGUACAAGAUACAAGUAUUAUAAAUCCAAAAAUUAUUCAACCAAGUAAAAUGAAGACAAACAAGAACAUAAAUAUGGAUAAUAAUUGUUAUCAAGAAAAAGUUAAACCAUUGAGUUUUUCAAUGAACAAUAAAAAUUAUGAUAAUAAAGAUAGUCGUCUAAUCAAUGAAGACCAAUUACAAAAAAAUGCUGUAAAAUCUUUAGAACACUCAAAUUUAAAAAAAUUUAAUUCUGAUAAUAUUAACAUAUUUAAUGAUUUAUCUCAAUUACAUGAAAAUGUAUCCGAUAAUCAAAACAAAGAAUUAUCUGAUGAAUUUUGGAACUUUUGUACAGAACCGAUGUCUCAAAAUAGUGGAAAUAGCAGUUUAUGUGGGUCAGAUUUAUCUGAAUUAUUUGGAAAUUCUUAUGAUAUUAGUCAAUAUCAAGAUAAUUCACUAUUCCAUUUUUCAAACUCUUUUAACAAUAACUCAGAUAUAAAUCCUGAAUCAAAUUUCCAAAGAUUAAUACCAGAACAACCAACAAAUUUUAUAUUCAAUCCUUCAUUAAGUGAAUCAUCUAAGAAAAGGAAUACUAAGAAGAAUGUAUCUAUUAAUGAAACAACAUCCGGUACAUCUAAUAAUUUUACCCAACCUAAUAAAUCAAAUUGUUUACCUUCUGAUCAAUUUAGAUUCAACUUUUUGUAA